CCCAUUUUGGGCUCAGCCCAACUUCCAACUGCAUUCGUUCACUUGCUCUCUCUUGCCCACAGCAGAUCGGCCUCGUUGCUAGGCUGGAGCCCGUAUGCCACACCCUGUAGUAGACUUGUACUUUUGACGAGUCGAGACGGCGAUCUUUCGGUUGGGCCUCUAUUGCCGAGUCCUGUUGGGCGCGCUGGUUGCGGCGCCAUUCGAGCCAUCAGACGACAGGAUCACGGCGCCGUUGUGCCGUCAUUGAGCCGAUUCACGUCGCCAUGGCAACACGACAGUCGUGUCUCGGCGAGUGUGUUGUCGCGCCUGCGACGUCAGAUGGUGACUGGCUUGAUCGAGGGGUCAAGAGGCGGAGUCAACGCUGAGAUUUGCCGAUUGAGACAAAUUGUCACGACAGACACGAUGAUCUGA